AUGGACGAUUCGCUAGAGUCGAAAAACAAUACCGCUCUCGCGAGACGCGCUCAUUACAUUCGAGGUGGGCGAGCGAUAGAUCUUAUAGGACAUCUCUAUUGCGACGUCUUCAAUCAAGACAAAUUCUUAAUUAACGGUGUGGAAGUACGUCUGAGACUCGUCCGCUUGAAAGAUUCGUUUUGCCUCAUGGAAAGUAACGGUGCGUCGAAAAUACAUAUUUUCAAUGCUAGCUUACUAGUGAGAAGAGCGAAAAUAAGCCCUGGAGUGUUACUGGCGCAUGCUAGAAUGCUGAGUAAAGUUACGGCCAAGUAUCCGCUUACGAGAGUCGAGGUUAAAACAUUCACAAUUCACAGUGGCGUUGCGGGUGAAUCAUUAGAUAAUGUAAUACUAAGCCAAUUACCAAAACGAAUAAUAGUAGGAUUCGUUAAUAAUAAAGCAUUUAAUGGAAAUAGAAAAUUAAAUCCGUUUAAUUUUAAAAAUUACGGUAUAAAUUUCUUCUCUCUGUACGUCGACGGUAUGCAAAUUUCCAAUAGGUCAUUACAACCGAUUUUCUCGUCGGAAGAACCGCUUUACGUCGAUGCUUAUCAAACACUCUUCGCAGGAACAGGUAUCCAUUUCUUGAAUGAGGGAAAUUCUAUAAGUAGAGACGAUUAUUCCAAGGGAUACACGCUUUUCGCUUUUGAUCUCACACUCGAUUUGUCUGCCAAUUUCGCCGGGCAUUGGAAUCUCGUGAGACAUGGCAGUUUACGAUUAGAAGUACGAUUCGAAAAGCCACUUACCGAAACAAUUAACUGUAUUGUUUACGCCGAAUUUGAUAAUGUAAUUGAAAUCGACUCGUCGCGUCAAGUCAUCGUCGAUUUUUCCGGUUAA